UGUCACAGUGAAGAGCGCAGGCGAAGCUGAGCGGAACAGGAUGCAGGCUAUCAAAUGUGUGGUCGUGGGAGAUGGAGCUGUGGGAAAAACAUGUCUCCUCAUCAGCUACACGACCAACGCGUUCCCCGGGGAAUACAUCCCUACUGUGUUUGACAACUACUCGGCCAACGUGAUGGUGGACAGCAAGCCGGUCAACCUGGGCCUCUGGGAUACUGCUGGACAGGAAGACUACGACAGGCUCCGCCCACUGUCCUACCCCCAGACGGAUGUUUUCCUCAUCUGCUUCUCUCUGGUGAGCCCGGCGUCCUACGAGAACGUCAGAGCCAAGUGGUACCCGGAGGUUCGCCACCACUGCCCCUCCACCCCCAUCAUCCUGGUGGGCACCAAGCUGGAUCUGAGGGAUGAGAAGGAAACCAUUGAGAAGCUGAAGGACAAGAAGCUGGCACCAAUCACCUACCCGCAGGGCCUGGCUCUGGCCAAGGAGAUAGAUUCAGUGAAAUACCUGGAGUGCUCGGCUUUGACCCAGCGCGGCCUGAAGACUGUGUUUGAUGAGGCCAUCCGGGCCGUGCUCUGUCCUCAGCCCACCAAGGUGAAGAAGAAGCCCUGCUCACUGCUCUAGACGGACCAGAACGAAGACAGCAAGAGAUUCAGACCGAUGACCCGAAGGUUAAAGAAGAAGAUUUGAAAGUUCUGUUAUGUUUCUAAUAGAAAACUACAAAUAGAGUUCCACUAGUUAAAAUAAAUAAUGCUUUUGCAGUCAUGAUACAACGGAAGCAAACCUGUCUGUACAGCACACUGAGACUGAUCUUUAAAGUGCAUUAUAGAUUCUGUGCCAGGCAGAAUUCCUCUGUACAAAAUACAAAUUCAACGGAAUAAAUCACUAAAUGUGGAUGCAGACUGCCCCGGUUCACACACUAUAGAUUCACCCCCUUCAAUGUAAGACCUGGAGCAGAGUGCUAGCUUUGUCCAAUGUGCCACCAUUCAUCCACUCACUGCCCUUCAGGGGGCAACAAUAAACCCGUCUUGAGUGAUAAUAUUUGGUACUGAGUGCAAAGACAGUGUUGCAGCGAGAUCGGUUCACAAUGUCUCUCGACUGUUGUUUUGAGAGUGAUGAACAAUGAAAAAAUCAGGAAUGUAGUUUUUGAGCUGAACAAUGUUGUAUCUGAACAAAAGUUAUGAACAAACGUAUUAUUUGUUGUGAUAUUGAAAUAAAAGACAUUUUAUCAAGAAA